GUGGAUCUAAUCGUGAUCGAAGGCAUGGGUCGAGCCGUGCACACUAACCUCUACGCUCGUUUCUGUGUGGACUGUCUCAAGGUGGCGGUGAUCAAGAAUUCCUGGUUGGCCUGUCGACUUGGUGGUGAUCUCUUCAGUGUGAUUUUCCGUUAUGAGGAAUAUUCCAGUGAAUCGGACACUGCUGCUGCUGAGGCUGACACUGCAAAACAAGCAGAAUCUACGUGA